AUGGCUGGCAGCGGGCAGCUGGAGCGCUGGCUCAAUGAGGCCACUGACCCGAGUGUCUCUGAGGAAAACUGGGAAUGCAUCCAGCGGUUCUGUGAGCAGGUGAACGCUGACACGGAGGGCCCGUGGUUUGCUCUGAGGCUGCUGGCACACAAAAUCCAGUCCCCUCAGGAGGGAGAAGCUCUGCAUGCCCUCACAGUGCUGGAGACUUGUGUGAACAACUGUGGUGACAGAUUUCACAGUGAAAUGGCAAAAUUCAGGUUUCUGAACGAGCUGAUUAAAGUGCUUUCCCCAAAGUACUAUGGAAUUUGGUCUUCAGAAAAAGUCAAGUCAAGGGUCACAGAAGUGAUAUUCAGUUGGACAGUCUGGUUUCCUCAGGAAGUCAAAAUUCAGGAUGCUUAUCAGAUGCUGAAGAAACAAGGGAUUGUAAAAGAAGAUCCCAAACUGCCAGAAGACAAAAUUUUACCUCCUCCUUCUCCAAGACCUCAGAAUUCUAUUUUUGACACAGAUGAAGAGAAGUCCAAGCUCCUGGCCAGGCUCCUGAGGAGCCGCCACCCCGAGGACCUGCGGGCCGCCAACCGCCUGAUCCAGAGCGCCGUCAAGGAGGAACAAGAAAAGUCAGCUCAGGUGUCCCGAAGAGUGAACACCAUCAAUGAGGUUUCUGAGAAUGUCAAACGUAUGGAUGAGUUCCUGGAGAGCUACAGGAGAGGUGAAUUAUCCCCAGCUGACCAGGAGAGCCUGCAGGCUCUGCUCCAGCGCUGCGAGAGGCUCCGGCCGCUGCUCUUCCGCCUGGCCAGCGAGGCAGUGCCUGACGAGGAGGCUCUGGCUGAGGUCCUGCAGGCCAAUGACAAGCUCUCAUGGGCUCUGGGGCAGUACAGGCAGGUUGUGGCCAGCCAGGAGGACGGGGAUGGAGCAGGUUCAGCUGCCAGCUCUGCCCGUGCACCAGCGUGCCCAGCAGCCCCGCGGCGCACGAGGAGCUACACCCUGAUCGACUUCUCCGAGCUGGAGGCCACGGCCCUGACCCCCCCUGAGCCCCCUGCAGACACAGGCUCAGCCCCCCGACACGGCAGCACCACCUCCAGCUGCCUGCUCGAGGAGCAGCUGCACUCCUUAGGUCUCAGCAACUCCCCUGUCACACAGGAACCACCCCCUGAUUUUGGCCUAGCAGAGCCUGCUGUACACAAUGGCUUUGGGGAAGGUGUAAGUGCUGUUCAAAGCCUGGCACCACAGCAGGGCUGGGAAGACAGCUGUGCAGGGAAGAGUGAAUUCCAGAGCCUGGAGGAACAGCUCUCUCCACCAUCCAGGACCAAGGCAUUCUCUUUGGAUUUAUCACCAAUGAAAUUGCCCUUUCCACAUCUUUCAAAUAACUCAGUGGCAGAUCCUCCAUUCAGCCCAGGCUAUGAUCUGAAGCCUGCUGCCUCUGUGCACCCAGCUUCCAGUGAUGCUUCUCUAGAAAACCUUUUUGUGCCUUUAAUUUCAGUUACUCCAAGCACCAUCUCUCCACUCACUGUGUAUGACAGGAAUGGUUUCAAGGUCAUGCUCCACUUCUCCAGAGACCCAGCUCCUGGGCACCCAGACGUGCUGGUGAUGGUUCUGUCCAUGCUGAGCACCUCAGCACACCCCAUUAAGGACAUAGUGUUCCAGGCUGCAGUCCCAAAGACCAUGCAGAUAAAGUUACAACCAGCCUCUGGUUCUGAGCUGCCAGCCUUCAGCCCUCUCCUCGCGCCCGCAGUGCUGUCCCAGGUGCUGCUGCUCUCCAACCCACACAAGGAUCCCCUCCGCCUGAGGUACAGGCUGGCGUUCACGCAGGGCCUGCAGCCCGUCUGCGAGGUGGGAGAGGUGACUGGCUUCCCCGAAGCAGAGCUCUGGGGCAGGAGCUGAAGUUCAGCUGGCUUGGACACUGCCGUGUGGCCUUAGCCCAGACGGAGAGUGACUGGGGAGCAGCAAUGCCCCGUGAGGGCACGUUUUGGGGAUCUGCCGCUCCUUCCUGCUCGUUGUGCCCGCAGGAGGAGGAGGAGUGUGGGCUGGCGGCUUCUGCCGCAGCCGGUCGCUGUAGCUGAGCCUGCUCCACAGGAGCCUGCUGGAGAGCGCCUCUGUGCUCCUGCCACGCACACCUUCCUGCUGCUUCUGGGCCACCUCCCCUUUACUUGUGAAUUAAAAAACAAACACAGUGAAUCACACCAGCAUGCA